AUGGAUUCAAAUGCCCCAAUAAUCCGUGUGCUUCCCCAGGAUGUGGCCCGACAGAUGACUUCUUCAUCAAUUGUGACCAACUUAAAUGGGGUCAUAGUUGAACUUGUCAAGAAUUCUCUCGACGCCGACGCAUCUACGGUAACGAUAAACAUCGAUUUUCAGAAAGGUACUUGCACAGUGGAGGAUGAUGGCAUCGGAAUACCCCCCAAUGAGUUCCAUGAGAGUGGUGGCCUUGGAAAGUUACAUCAUACAUCAAAGUUUUAUGCGGCAGGCCAAAUAUAUGGUCGCAAAGGCAUAUUUAUCUCAUCUUUGAUAUCCAUGGCUUUAGUCACAAUAACAUCCCGUAACAGUUCAUUCCAGGAAACAAAUUCUAUCAUAUUUCGGCACUCAAAACUUAUUUCAAGGCUUUGUCCUGCACCAAUUCAGCAUGACCUCUUACACCCCCAGCAUGGAACCAGAGUCACGGUAAACGACCUUUUUGGCAAUCUCCCGGUUAGAGCUAAACGCCGUGCCCAGGAUCUUUGCAGAAAUGAAGAUAUUGACCGCGAAUGGGGUGGUGUGAAAAGAGCUAUAACAGGACUUUUGCUCGCAUUUCAAAAGCCGGUCAAAGUGUACAUUGCUGAUGCGUCUAGAUCUCGAAAACUGGUUUUUCGAGGUAACAGCCGGGGCCUUCGACGUAUAAAUGAUGAAGACCAGCAUUCCUUUGAUUUGAAUCGUGUACGUCUGAUCCUAGGGAAUGCAGGAUAUAUCACUCCCUCAGAUUUUCCGUCAUGGGUUGCUGCAUCGGCCCGAAGCUCUGAAAUUUGGAUAGAAGCUGCAAUAUCUCUACAACCUAGUCCAACAAAGCAGGUGCAAUUCAUCUCGUCUGGAAUCAACCCAGUUUAUCCUCUUGGAGACGCAAAUCUGCUGUUUUCUGAAAUCAAUCAGUUAUUCGCAUCGUCUAACUUUGGAGCUGAGGAUUCUUCUCCUGAUGCUAGUAGUGACUUUGAAAUGAUGAGCUUAGGGGACACAAAACCACCGGCAGGUCCUUCCAUUAAAAGGAUAAAGACCAAAUCCAAAGGUGUCAACAAAUGGCCAAUGUUUUACGUACGGAUCUCUACGAGCCAAGCUAGCUACAUUGGGUUCCAGGACUCCGAAUUUUACGAACCCAAGAUAUCCGUCCAGAAAAUUCUUGGAGUUAUGCAGGCAUUAUUCCGCCAGUUCUUAGAACGGUAUCAUUUCUUAUCCCGACAACCACAAUGUAUUAAGAUGGAUAGGGAAGAAUAUUUGUCUGUACCCGGGAAUAUACAACCCGAAUCAUCUCAGGCUAAUUGUCAACACCAGGAAAACUCUUCUAGAAAGAGGAGCUCCAGCACUUUUGAAAAAUCGAAAAGUGCACCGGCGGAUAUGCGACCAUUAGACGCCAAGUCGCUUCCGUUUAAGAAUUUUGGAUCGUGGUCAAGGGUAAAAAGUGGAAGAGGAGAUCUCUAUGAUGAUAUUUGCGCAGGCUUACCGAGAGGUAGAUCUCAAUCAGAAUUCAAGAGGGAUACCGGUAUACGAAAGCCUUCACAGCCUUCGUCCAUCGAACCCACCUCGAAACAUACCGGAGGAGAAGCUGAACAGAUAUUACCUGAUAUCACAUAUUCACAAACAACUGGCGGAAUCCAUCCUGUGUCUGGACAGACUACGUCGCACUGCCCGGUAGAGCCGCAAGAUGAGCUGAUACCUUGGAUGGACCCUCUCACAAAGAGGACUAUGUUUGUCAACAAACGCACUGGCCAAACAGUAUCGCGCAAGCCCAAAUUUAUGAAGCAAACUUCACGUAACACUCCUGCGAACCAAAAGACUACAGCUAUCCGACUUUCGAGAAACGAUGAUCAGAGUCAGCAAGGAAAGGAAACAUCCCCCUGGUUUGACUCGUUUCUUAAAACAUGGAAGAAUCCUACCUUCCCUUUGCCAGAACCCUCCAUCCCGUCGAUAACAUCGCAGAUACGCAGUACUGACAAAUGGUCUUCGCCCGCUGCUCUAGGUUCUCAUUGCCUAGGCUGUGAUGAUCCCCAGGGUAUUAAUACUUUAAUAGGAUUAACGGACAAAUCCGACAGCCGACUCAACAAGUGUGCCCUCGAAAAGGCAAAAGUUAUUGCUCAAGUGGAUCAGAAAUUCAUCUUACUUCGAACCUCCUUACUUUGCAAGGGGAGGGAGGGCGAGGAAGUCUUAGUCCUAGUUGACCAACAUGCCGCUGAUGAGAGGUGCCGAGUGGAGGAAUUGUUUGCGGCGCUCUGUGGUCUCUCGCCCUCUGAUAAUGUCGAGACUACUAUUUUCCCCACACCCAUCAGUUUCAGGAUACCAGCUCAGGAAGCAAAGCUGUUCGAGACACGUUCCGGUUACUUUUCUUCAUGGGGUUGUUUGUAUGAUGUUCUGAGGAAGUCAGAAGGGUAUUAUUCCCUAGUGGUGAAGGGCUUGCCAACUCUCAUUGCAGAACGGUGCCGAACAGAGCCUCGGCUUGCUAUUGACAUGCUUCGUUCAGAAAUCUGGGAUCAGACAGCGACUACCAAAACACUCAUCGGAUCAGUGCUGGAGGAGAGCAACAGCCAGGGAUUCGCUGGAAAGCCACCCGGAAUGACCGAAGCCCAUCGAUAUUGGCUGCAGCGCAUCGGCUGUUGUCCCAAAAAGAUGGUAGAUCUGAUAGUCUCUCGUUCUUGUCGGUCAGCCAUCAUGUUCAAUGAUGUGCUCUCUAUAUCAGAAUGUCAGAAUCUUGUGUCUCGACUGGCAAAGUGUGCAUUUCCAUUCCAGUGCGCCCACGGCAGACCAUCAAUGGUACCGAUAAUAAGCCUGGGAUCAAGAAAUCCAGUAGCUGGUUCGAUGCGCGGUCCCUGUGAAAUGACCUCAUCUAUAAGCCAUCUAGUCGGCACGAGUCAGCCAAGUGCCAAACCAGCAGAACCCUGCUCGGACUUCGUCGCUGCUUUCAGCAGGUGGCAGUAUGGUUCCCCCUUAAAGUGA